CUAAUCACCGAUGUCUAAUUGUAGGUGGAAAAAUGGCUCGAGUUGAAAAACUAACAGUAAUGUUAAGCGACUUUGUAAAAGUCCGAUUGGCCGAGUGUGCGAACAGAUCCUGCGUAUAAAUAGACACCUUAUAUGGUUACACAGGUUCGAAUGUACCGAUAACGAUGCGGAUCGAUUAGGAUACAACGAGAACAUCUAACAAAGUGAAAGCCGGCCGCCGACCAUUUUUUAUCUCGCGUAUCUUUCGGUACGGCCAUAGAUAUGAUAUACUAUGACAUUGUGUCACUUAUGUAUAUCAACCCUGGUGUAGGGUAGAGCGACUCAUUUCACCUGAUUAUUUUUAUCUUUGCACCGAUUGCGGGGAGUUGGGAGAUCUCCCAGAUUACGUAAUUAUAGAAAAAGAUUCAUUCUCUCCUAAAUGUACGAUAUCGAGGUGCAUUAGGGCAUUUUGAUCGUUGCAACUCUUUCUCAAACAGACCGACGAAAAUUUGUGAAAAUUAUUUAUUUUAGGUAUUCGAUCACGUAGGGGCACCGAUAGUAGCGAGAAUGCAACUGAAUACUAUUCGUGCUAAAUCCAGGCGAGGGAAUCCCAAAAUUCUCCGAUAGAUCAUUGGGAAACAAUAGUUGAUCGGAUGAUCGCCGAAUUCCCUGUAUUUUCUCCCUCAAAUAUUUCGAACCAAAGGAAACAAGUCCCGUGUCGAUGACGGCCCAAAAACUGUUCCAUAAUCCAUACUCGCGAUUAAUCAGGGAUUAUCGUUGAGUCACGUAACAGCUGCUGAUUGGUCAGUUAAUAUCCCCUCUCCGAAUGUACGAAAAUUCGCUCAUCCCAUGAAAUGAAUUUCUCGAAACAUUUUUUCGGACGAUCGCGAAGCGGGUGAACGUGGGAAAGUUGAAAAUUCGAAAAAUCACUGGAGAUGUAUAAUAAAAUGUACCGAAAUCAAUUGAGUGUAGAUCGAAAGUUCAAGAUGUGAUUUUAACACGCGACAGCCGGACUACGUAAAUGUGUAAUUGCGAUAAAUCAAGUACAAUCUCAAAACCAAACAUCCAAGACCCCCACCCAUUGACAUUUUUCGCGUUCGUCUUCAUUAUUCGCUCCAAACGAAACUGUGUCAAGUUUAAUGUCCAGUAUUUUAUAGACGUACAUGGAAUUACGUGAGAUACAAUUGAUCGGCCAACGGUCAAGGUCGCGUCUAUAUCUCCUUGACACAUGAACCGACGGUGCUCACAUCGCAGAUAUGAACCACUACCGCGUCAUCUCUCCCUCUUGAAAAGCUGCGUCUUUUUUUUUUUUUGUUUCUUUUUCCUUUUUUUUAUCUGAAACUUCGCGCACCCUGCAACGUAGUUUUCUGACCAUAUCGAGCGUUUGAUUGCUGAAAUGUUUGUCCGACUUUCCGAUCGUUGUUUGGUCAAUCAUCUACGGAACAUGCAUCGCUGUUGACAUUCGUGAUUCAGAUGAACUGUGAACCGUCCGUUCUAUUUGCGAUGCUCGCGGUAGCGCGAGUGAGGCAUGGGGCUACGAUAGCCAUACCAUAGCCGCUUUCAAUCGGUUCACAUACCGAGGUGACGGGGUUGAUUGGACAAUUUGAGUCCUAUAUGCGAGAGAGUUAAUCGGGGAAUGGCCUGCGUCCUGCUUACGUUUUGCGGUCGGUUCCAGAUACCCGGUGCGAGAGACGCUCGUGUAUUCCUCGUCGAACGCUCGUGCGGAGAAGGAAGACCUACAGGUACGCGGAAAGUGAAAAUUUUGCAAAAUUCGCUACGUGACGUACUAUAGCGCAGUUGCGAGAAUGCUGAUCUACGACGAGACUUUUUACGAGGAAAUACUGAAGAAACACUUGGCGGAUUCCACGAUAAGAGUGCGCUCGAUCCAUCAACGUCCGGCGACCGCGAAGGGCGACAAUUUUCUCAGCGAAAUGUUACGCGUGAAUCUGAAGUUCAGCCGUGACUCCAUCACUCGCGAGGCGGUCGACGACCAGGCCACGGAGACGCGGAGUUUCAUAGUGAAGCGCGAACCCGUCGAAUCUCACGAGUUGUUGGACCUGGUGCGAGCGCAACAGCUUUUCACCGUUGAGUUUCGAGUUUUUCAGCACGUUUUGCCGCGCAUCGAGAAAACCCUGGGCGUCAAACUCGGGCCGAGAUUCGUCUAUGGGACCGACACGCCGCCGCGCGUCGUCAUCAUGGAGGACCUCUCCCCCAAAGGAUUCAUCGUCAAGGACAGAAAGCGGGGACUUUCCGCGGCUCACGCAACGUUGGCGAUCCGGAACUUGGCCAGUUUUCACGCGGGAUCGGUCGCGAUCCUCGAAGAGGACCCAGAAUUCGCGAAGAGCUUCCGACAGGGUAUUUUCAACGCGAAAACGCAUACGAAUUUUUACGUAUUGGCGAAAAAUUGCUUGGCACAACUCUGCGACGACGCCACUACGUGGGGACACCGAGAGAGUGCUUCGGCUGCAGCGAAAAUGAGGCGUACGAUCGAGUAUGUGGAAAAGAGGGUUCAGCAGGUUUACGAAUACGAGGAGGAUGAAUUCUGUGUAUUGAAUCACGGAGACGCUUGGGUGAACAACAUGCUCUUCACAGAGGACGACGGAGGGAACCCUUUGGAGAUGGUCUUCGUGGAUUACCAGAUGGUCGGUUUUUCCUCGCCGGCGGUGGACCUCCUUUAUUUCUUGAGUAUAAAUCCGGCGACGGAGGUUCGCGGAGAGGGGGAAGAACGACUUUUGGAAGAUUACCUCGAGACGUUGACGAUGACCAUGAAAAAGCUCCGGUGCAAGACGAGUCCGCCGACCAUGAGGCAGCUCAAAGAGGCCAUGUACCGGAGGCGAAUCUACGCGGUAAUGUCGGGGCUAUUCUUACUCCCCCGCAUGAUGCUGGACGGGGUGGAAACUGAGAGCAUGGACGAGCUACUCGAACACGGAACCACGCGAUUCAACGCUUUCUGCAAGCCAGGGAUCAUUCGACUCAUGAAACUGAUGUUACCCCUCUUCGAUGAAAGAGGGUACCUAGACCCGUAACUCGGCAUCCCAAAGACAUCGGAUUCGAUUUUGAAAAUUCAGAAUCCUAUAACGAUAAGGAGCGUGGUUUCGUACUUUUCAAUUAUUCAUAUCGUUCGGUUUGUUUCCAUUUGAUUUGGAAUUGUACUCAUCGUCGGUUACAGAUAUGGAUGGGUUUCAGAAUUGGGUCUUUUUAUAUAGCUACUUAUAUUUUUCUAAGGCCAGAUUUGAUUUCUUUUUAAAAUUUUUUUACUUAUCGAUUUUCGUUGGUGUAUUACAGUGGUUCCACAUCCACCGAAAUCAUCUUUUGAAAUAAUAAAAUUUCAAAGAAUCUCA